AUUCUCUGGUGCGGUUUGUAUGUCUGAGAAACGAACGGAGAACCACCAUCAGAAUACGGUCAGUUCACAACGAGCAGAAGACACCGGAAAGAUCUGUAGAUUUGUAUGACUACCAGACUAUACUCAUCCCUUGACCUUGUUUCUGGCCGAGUAGGAUUAGGGAAAGGUGCAUGGUGAUCAAGUGAUGCAUGAGUGGCACUUUUCGAGCUCGAACACUCCAAUCCCCACGCUCCCAGACUGCCAGGAGACUAAUUCCCACAAGCCUCUCGGAACUAUCAGUCCUCUUGUGCUGCUGUGCCUCCUACCCCAUUCUCGAGAAUCCUUAAGUUGGAGUGCAGAAGUUGAGAUGCCGUUUUCGCAUCGGGACUUUUCAACGCCCCUCUUUCGGAACUUCGAGAUCGUUCAGCUCAGCACUUCACUUCAGUUGUUUCGAAGGAAGACAACAGACAGUUUUCUGAUAUUGAGAACACUCGUUCAGAGGAUAUGACUCGCAGUGACGAGUUCAACAUCAGACCCUAUCCACAGAAAGCAAGCCACAAUAAACCAGCCUGACCGUGACGUGUUCGAGUCCUUCUGCGCCACCACCUUGCGUAGCCCAUU